CUUAGAGGUAGAACGUAGAUAUAUGUUGUAUUAUAAACAGUUAUAGACCAUCGUUAUAAACCUGUAAUAGUCUGUCAGAGUCACGCAAGUAGUGUUUCAUUCUAUUUGCAACAGUCAAGGAUUCUUUGCAAAGAGUCGGGGAUACGGGGAUACGGGGAUACAGUAGGUACUCGCUCUAGCUCACUCUACCACAGACUCUGCUGAGUAGAGAGUACUCUUUCUAACUCAGUUCAGUUCAGCGUUCAGCAGAGGGAAUGCUGAAUAGAUGAGGUAUUGAUCGCUGAAAGGCUCGCUCCUCCAAAUGCGUUCCAAACAUUACUGGCUUCAAAAUUAUUGUAAUAGUUUGAUAGGUGAUAAGAUAUGAUUGUCUAAAUUUCAGGUAAUCAUGAAAAUAUCAUCGAAUUUAAAUUUUAGUGAUUAUUUUCUCAAGUGGUUUUACAACUCUGCCGGUAUGCAAGAUGCUCUCACCCAAGCCCCGCCCAUAACCCUGCUGGAAACCAGUAGCCUCCAACCCCCCGCUGAAGAGGAACCAGACGAAGAAUGUGAGUUCCUGAGGCAUCUUCGCGAAGAGGGCCUGCAAUGCCCGAUGUCCCCUGCACCCCCGGGGGACACCCGUCCACCCUGGUUCGACGCGGCCAAAUAUCGGCUCGGUCAGCAGUUCGCCAGUCGCUACUACGCAUGCGUAUCGUUCGCCGAAACGUGCUCGCUGCUCGCCCUGUUUCUGUUCGACGACGGCCUCAAACCGUUGGUGUGGACUGGCGCCUCGGGAACGCCCUACACGGCGUUUCGACGCUACCUGUCGACGGCUGUCAAGGUGAAAUCCUGGUUUGAAACAGACCUCUUCACAGAGGGUACUGUUGGACACCAGAGCAUCCGAACGGUGAACGCAAUGCAUGCGCAAGUGAGCCGCGCAUUGAACGAUGCGAUCAGCUGUUUUCCCCCACCACCAACUUCACCUGCGCAGAGCUGCUGCGCAGUGGCACCGAUCAUGCGCAGUGCAGCUCAUCUGGCGCAGGCCAGCUCAGUCAGGCGUCGACAGCCGGUGAGGCCGGUUGUCUAUCUGAGCCAGUGCUCUCUGAGUGUCACACAGUGGGGCUUUGUCGGCCUGGUGGUCACCUAUCCGGACCAGUUCGGAGCCGGCAAUGCCAGCGAGGAGGAACUGGAGGGGUUUCUGCAUUUGUGGCGGGUGAUCGGGUAUUUGCUGGGCAUUGAGGAUCGGUUCAACUUCUGUGAUGGAACACUUGAAGAGGUUCGUGACCGAAGCCGUUCGCUGACCACCCAUUGGGUAAUUCCCGAACUGGGACGCGUGUCGGACGAAUGGGAGCAUUAUUGCCGCUGCAUGUGCCGCGGGGUCAGUUUCUACGUCCGUGACGUAAGCUUCGAAGUGGUCCUGGCCUACCUGUGUUGGACCCUCAACGUCAACCUACCGCAACUGCAAGCCACCCUUACAUGGGUCCAGUAUUUCAGACUGCAAUUCUUCAAGUUGUUCCUCUGUUUCAUGCUGAGGAUACCCAUCCUACUGGCCUGGUUCAACAAGGCUGUGAAAUAUUCUGUGAUGAAAGCCACUCAGUUCUCUGAGGAGAAACUGGUGCAACUGAGGAGUAAGCCGGUGUGUGAGUGUAGCAGAUGAUAUGAGGUUACGGAUGUACCGAGCUAUUGGUGCGUCCGUGGUGUCGUGUUUUUUGUGAGGAAGGUAUUGAGAUCCAUUUUGUUUUUCUAGAUAGAACAAAAUGUUUGUGAAUAAAUUGGGGGAUCGUGGUUUUUGUGAGGAAAAUUUUGAGAUCCAUUUUUCUUUUUCUAGAUGGAACGAAAGUGUGAGAGAAUAAAGUGACAUCGUGUUUUAUGUGAGGAAGGUUUUGAGAUACAUUUUGUUUUUCUAGAUGGAACGAAAUGUUUGUGAAUAAAUUGGGGGAUCGUGGUUUUUGUGAGGAAAAUUUUGAGAUCCAUUUUGUUUUUCUAGAUAAAACGAAAUUGUGAGCGAAUGUCUGUACAAUAUACAAACUAUUUUCAAAUACAUUUUUGUUUUUUGAAAACGUACCGUAUAUAUUUAGGGCUCCUUAAUUACAUUUUUUUGUUUUUCAACUGGAUGAACUUCAAUAUUUUGAGAGCUGAAAAACCAGAUUAUUUUCAAAUACUAGAGUACCAGAGGAGUUUACUGACAAAACAUAUACAUAAUUAUUGAAUAUACAUACAAUAGUUGCUAAUAAUAAACUUAGUCCUAAUUAUGGUACCCAACUAUAAUAAUAUGGGUCGGGAUGAAUACGUUUUUUGUUCUUCAACUGGAUUGAAUUAUCAAAAUUGUGAUUGAUCAGAACCAAUAAGAAUUAGUGUUGGGUUUGCGGGUUGAUAGGUUUUUUGAAAAAUAUUUCGAAAGCUAGAAGUAUUUUGUUUUGAAGUGAGACAACAUUAUAAGUUAUCAACAUAAUAUUUCAGUUUACACUACAACAUGAACUAUGAAAAGAGAUAGAAACUUUAUAGACUAUGAACAGAGAUAUUGCGGAAUUCCUUCAUAUUAAGGUGGAAUGAAAGAGAUGUUGUCAGUUCAACAUAAUAUCAUUCACAACCUCUUUCAUACAGGACUCACGACAUCUCUUUCAUUUCACCUCAAUCCCAAUUUAUUGGUACAUUCGUGAGUUUGUAUUGCUUGUUCAGAAUUUAUUGAGAAUAAUUUGGUUCUAGGUGAACGAAUAAAUUUGUUUGUUAUUUCUUUUGAAAGAAAACUUGACAAUUAUGUGAGCAAUAAUGAUAUUAUUACAAUAUAAGUGUAACUUUUGGAGCAAUAUUGAGUAGAUUCUAUUGUUGAGAAUUAGAAUCUGUUUUUGACCUACUUAUAGGUGAUUAAACAUUUGUGCGAAAAAUACUUACAAUGGAAUACUAUGGAGAUUCUCAUACUGAUAAAAAGAUGAUGAUUUUUGUAUUCAAUGGAAACUGGAUAUUUUUUGAGUGAAUCAUUUCUAUAAGGUCUAAGUAUAGCCUAAUUGGAUUUUUUUCAAAUUCUACUAAAAAUGAAUGGAGUGAGAAUGAUUUUAGCAAUUGAUUGAUUGCCUUUAUUAAAGGCGGAGUUAGGACUCCAGGUCCUCUCUGUCACACAACCCUAAGUAAUAGUAGAUUAUUAUAGGAUAGACAAAAAGAGAAUUGACUCAUAAGAAUAUUGAAAACAAAAAUAUACUGUACAUUUUCAAAUUGGCAAUAGAAUGUUAUUUAGAAUGUCUCACCUUGUUAUAUUAGUAUAUUAGUGAUAGCAUAGACAAGAACAGAAUUCACUCAUGAAUAUAUUGAAAACAAAACUACAUUUUCAAAUUGACAAUAAAAUAUGUUAUGUAGCUUUUACCUUGUUUUAUACAUGAAAGAGCAAUUUAUUAGAGUGAUGUUAGUAAUAGAUUAACUUAAAAGUGAAUUUAAAGAAUCGAGGAUAUUAUAUGCUAUGUCUAUUUCAGUAUUAUUUAAAAAUGAUUGUGAUAAAUUCUUGUUAGUGCAAAGCAAUAUUUUGUUGUAUUAAUAGAUUAGUAGGUAAGCAAUCUUUUGUAAAUAAAAUACUAAUUUCUCUCUUAUUACUUUAAUUUAUGAAUUAUUAUCCUUGAAUCCAGACCGUAUAAAUUUUAUCAUUUACAGAGAACAUAAUUUCUAACUUCUCUAGGAGACUUGGAUGUAAAUUCAGGACCGUA